AUGGGCGGCGGCGAGCAUCACCCGGGUCUCCCGGUCCCCAACCCCGUUGUCAGCUACUGGCAAGUUCAACCCCACCGCAUUGCGGAGCACCGAACGACGCCGUCGCUCCCCACCUCGGAGCUCCUGGACUUCGUCAUCGUGGGGUCCGGCAUAUCGGGGGCGGCGAUUGCAUACAAGCUGCUGUCGCGGGAUCCGUCCCUCUCCAUCCUGAUGCUGGAGGCCCGAACGGCGGCGUCCGGAGCCUCGGGUCGCAACGGCGGCCACUGCCGCGCCGGCUGGUGGCUCAACUACAAGCGCUACAAGGACACGCUCGGGGAGGACGAGGCGCUCAAGUUCCUGAGGCUCGAGGAGGAUAAUGUGAAGGAUAUUGCUGACUUUGUCCGCGACCACAAUAUCGACUGUGACUUUGUGGACCUGCAGAGCGCAGACACAUAUGUGACCGAGGAGGCGUGGGCCAACGUCAAGGAGGUCCUCCGAAUGGAGGAGGAGGUUAGGGAAAGGAGGCCCGACGCGGCCCAUCGCAAUCCAAGAAAAGUGUACGAGGGAAAGGCAGCCCAGGACCGAGUUGGUAUCCCAAAUGCAGUGGGCGCUGUCACAUGGCCAGCACAUGUUCAGAAUCCGUAUCGGCUUGUGUGCCGGAUGCUGGAGCUAGCUCUCGACAAAGGCCUCAACUUGCAGACGAAUACUCCUGUUCACGAAGUUACCCAAGUUGUCCCCGAUAACAGACAGUUACAAAAGUGGGUUGUCAAGACACCGCGCGGCACUGUGCACGCAAAGGGAGUCAUCUUGGCUACGAAUGCAUACACCAACGCCAUCUACACGGAUCUUGCGACGACUGGGUUUCUUCGGCCUGGAAGGAGUCAAGUCACCGCAGUCCGCCCUGGGAGUAAAGUUGCAGGGAACCCAGCGCUGCGACUGGCGACUGGUCUCAAUGAUGUUGGCUUCGGCGAUUACUUCCAUGUGAGGGCCCCUGGUCUCGAUGGCGAGGGGGAUGUAAUUUACGGAGGAGGGAGGUUCAUUUCCCGGGAGGAGGACAUCACGGAUGACUCAAAGAUCAAUGAUAAGAUCGCCACCUACCUUCGGCAAGCGCCAAGACAGCAUUUCGGACGUGAAAAUUGGGGCGAGCAGGGCAAAGCGGUGAUGGACUGGACUGGGAUUACAUGCUAUACCCCUGACACAUUCCCAUUGGUCGGUGAGGCUCCUGGCAAAAAGGGCUUGUGGAUGUCUGUAGGCAUGAAUGGUCACGGAAUGGCCAUGGCCUUCCGCAGUGCCGAGGCGCUCGUCCAUAUCAUCACUACUGGGACGGAGCCAGAGUGGUUCCCAAGGUCGUUCAAACUUGCUAGAGCAUGGUCCGGUAAUACGGUCCAUAUAUCUCGCCCGGAGACAGGCAACGACACGGGCCUGUGA